UAGUUGUUUCCAGCGCGCGUCGCUCUGGCCUUUCAUUGAUAGCUCUCACAUGCACACAACACACACAACAAAUGGCUGAUCGCAUGGAGCUCCCCAAACGAUCGCGUGAAGAGGAUGAAUUGGAGGAGGACUCGGUCGGUCCGCCGAGAAAGCGGUCCGCAUCUCGCAGUCCAACCGGCGAUGCCUCUCCAGCAUAUCGACUUGCGGAGCGGCCGCGGCGAUACAGCAACGAAGAUAGCCCACAUGAACCUACAUACUACAGAGACCGGGAUAGAUCGCGAUCUAAAUCUCGUUCGAGGGAUCUCUCAGCCUCAAGAUCAAGGUCCAAAUCAACAUCUGAACGUCGCUCCAUAUCUCCGCAUCCCACUCCUCCCCCACCAAAGCCCACCGAGCUCCACUAUCACCCUACCAUGAUCCUGCGGGGACACAAAAAAGCUGUUUCCGCAGUCAAGUUCUCUCCAGACGGGAAGUGGAUAGCUAGCUGUUCCGCCGACUGUACUGUCAAGAUCUGGGACGCACAAACAGGGCGACUAGAACACACGCUGGAAGGCCAUCUCGCCGGAAUUUCCACAAUAGCAUGGUCGCCCGAUUCCAAAGUCCUCGCAUCCGGCUCCGACGACAAAUCCAUUCGAUUGUGGGAUGUUGCCACGGGAUUAGCUCAUCCCACACCUUUCAUCGGGCACCAUAACUAUGUCUACUCCAUCGCCUUUUCGCCAAAAGGCAACAUGCUCGUUAGCGGAUCCUACGACGAGGCCGUAUUUCUAUGGGAUGUGCGAGCUGCCCGCGUAAUGCGCUCGUUACCCGCACACUCUGACCCUGUCGGGGGUGUCGACUUUGUCCGCGACGGCACACUGAGCGUAAGCUGCUCGCACGACGGCCUGAUUCGAAUAUGGGACACUGCCACUGGACAGUGUCUCCGGACACUUGUUCAUGAAGACAAUGCUUCCGUUACUUCAGUCAUCUUCUCGCCCAAUGGGAAAUAUGUGUUGGCUUGGACCCUUGAUUCUUGCAUUCGGUUGUGGAAUUACAUCGAGGGGAAAGGGAAGUGCGUGAAGACGUACCAGGGUCAUAAUAAUAAGACUCACAGUCUUGCGGGUGCAUUUGGUACUUAUGGCAGCGACCCGCCCCACGAGUACGCUUUUGUCGUAUCAGGCAGUGAGAACGGGGAUCUUGUGUUUUGGGACGUGAGUUCCAAGAAUAUAUUGCAGCGGAUUGAGGGUGGGCAUUCAGACGUUGUCUUGGGUGUCGACACACAUCCGACAGAGAAAUUGGUAGUCAGCGGAGGAUUAGAUAAGGCAGUACGGGUCUGGAGGGAUCAUACAAUGCCUCCAAAGCCUGCUACCGAGAUCUCAACUGCGGAGGCGACGACAAAUGGAUACGAUCCUCAUGUUCUUCCUCCAAAUCCCUUUGGAGACAGCUGA